UUACUUUGACGAAAAUAAUCAAAAUUAAAUUCUAAACAGUUUAAAGAGAAUAAACAACAAUGAGUGAUGUUUUCUUUUGGGCUUAAUUAGAUAAAUAAAAACAAAAUGUGCCAAUUGCAAAGUUCUAAAUAUAAAACAAUAAUACCUAUUAGAGUUGUUUUUUUAUGAAUGCACAUGACAAAAUCUUCCAUUGAAGAUAAAAUGUUACCAAAAAUUGAUAUAAAUUAAAGUCUCACCAAGGAAAUCAUACACAGUUUCACAAAGCUUAUGGACAAACUACGAGUACCACCACGAGUAGAAGUAUAAUAGCUUCCAGAAUGCUAAAUGGAAUUCCAGCUGAUACAAUUAAAAAAAUACCACAUUUUGUAUCAAUUCAACCAUUUUUCUCAAAUGGAGAUGGAACGAAAUUGGAACCGUGCGUUGGAUCGAUUAUCGCUGAUCAGUGGGUCUUGACGUCAGCAGAUUGUGUUAGCCAAGGUAACAGACUUCAACUGGACUUCGAAAAAUUCCAUAAAAAUAGCACAGCUAAGUCAUAUGGUGCUGUGGUGAAUAACGACGAGGAUUGGGUUCACGUAUAUCCCACUUAUUACGACAAUAUUGCUAUGGUGAAAGUUCCAUUCCAACUUAAAUUUUCCAAUUCAUUGAAGCCGAUUCGUGUUUCUUCAAAACAGCCUUCAGAAAUGCUGAAAAAACUGGCUAUUUUACCUGGUUAUGAUGGUAAAAAGGACGAGUUAUCUUAUGCUAUGAUGAGUAUUACAUCUAAUGAUGAUUGCAUUAAAGCGCAUGGAAAUUACGACGAAUAUCUAAAUAUAUGUUCUAAGCCUUACAUGAACAAUGGCAUUUCACCAUGCCUUGGAGAAUCUGGAAGUGGUUUGGUGACUGGCUGGCCAAAAGAGCCAGAAAUAGUGGGAAUCUUUACAGCUGAAUCCUAUGAUUGUUACAGUUAUAAACCAUCAGUUUAUGUUAAUAUUGUAAAGUACAUCACAUGGAUUGAAAGCAUCAUUGGUUCCAUCAAUAGGGAAACAUAUACUACAACAAGUGGGCCUCUAUAUACAUAAGUAGGUGCAGCAUUUAGCUUGUUUUCAAGAAGCAACCUUUUAAGGUUCUUUCUGAUUAA